AUGGCAGACCUGGACGAACUGGAAGGCUACUUCGACGAUGCUGCCCGCUUGCACAUCAGAUCAGACUUUGGCUCGAAGUGUGUCCUGUGUAAGAGACCCCUACAGAUCGAAGAAGGCCAUUUCAUUCCGCUCCUCUACCAGCGGCGCAUGUAUCUGAAAUGCCUUGUGUCCUCCUACACGAGGGUACUCGCGCCCUAUGAGGCCCGAAACGGAUUAUACGCUUGCCGGCCAUGCGCUCGCCGGUGGCUCAUGUACACAGAUAAAGAUGAUGAAGUGCCUAUCUCUGUUCUCGUUUCUUGCAAACCGCUACUGCUGUACAUCGACCAUGUACUCGAUCUCGCGGGCCGCGAUCCAACAUGCCUGCAGACGUUGGAUGAGAUGUUCGAAGACCUUGAGAAAGACCCCAGCUCAACUCCAGAGCGUCAGCACGCCGCUCCUUUCCUGCACUGCUACGAGCUCCGCCCUGUAUUCCCGCCGACUGAGUCAACCUCGCUGGAAACCUUACGCGUCCGUCCCUGUCCGACAAGCCAACUACUGAGUCCUGACGCUACGGUAUACUGCGUGCUUGAUCACGACGAAGGCUCAACAUCGGCACCUCUAUCCUCCAGAACUGCCCCGCUCUUCUCUACGUGCGAGGACGGUGCCAAAACGUUAUGGCGGAUUCCGAUGCGAUCGUUCGGUCUAAUGUUUGUCUACUCAGAGCAGCUUGUGCUCGACGGUACCUGUGAUCCCGUACUGUUCAAUAUCUUCCAGAAGGUGCAUAUACGGCUGUUCGAUCGUUGGGGUCGUGGGCUCCCCUAUAACUACUUGAUGGAGCGACCGAGGAGUAUAUUCAUCAAGCCCGAAGAUGAACUCCGCUCACUUGACAUCCCGAAUAUGGGCAAACCCUCUCCAACCGCCCGCGCAGCGCGCGCGUGUGCUCUCCCCUCACUAUCUGACAUCAUUACAGGCAUCUCAUCCCUUGUCUUAGCUUUAGUCAUAUAUCUCUGCUGCCGUAGUUGCAACAGCAAAUGA